AUGAGGCAACCGGCAACCGGACCAACCCCAAAUUGGGGCAACUGCAACCGAAAAAAAGACCGGUCCAUGGUCCAGUUCAGUUCGCCAUUUACGGACUCCUUUCCUCAUGCAGAUAUACACGAGUUGAUAGCACCCAACCUCCUUCAUCAGGUCAUCAAGGGUACAUUCAAGGACCACAUCGUUGAUUGGGUGACACAGUACAUCAAAGAAUCACACCCGAAAGCUCGUGCGGCGGAAAUCCUUGCUGACAUUGAUCGACGGAUUGCAGUUGUGCCGACAUUUCCCGAGCUGCGUCAUUUUCAUGAAGGGCGGGGUUUUAAGCAAUGGACAGGGGAUGAUUCGAAGGGGUUAAUGAAGGUCUAUCUGCCUGCAAUUGCGGGUCACGUCCCUUCACAAAUGGUUCAAGCAGUGCGGGAUAGGGACUGUCACAGAUAG